UACACUGCAUGCAAAAAUAUUCUUGUCCAGGCCCAGGGAGCUAGCUACAGGCUGCCAGCUCAUUGACAGUCGGUCUACAGUGUUGCCUGUUCAGCCGCUCGGACUCAAACACAGAAGCAGUAGCGACGAGUUCUAGCCUCGACCAGUUGUUGACGAACCCGCUGAAACUCCUUGUGAUUUCUCCUCUCGGCGCUCAAGUCAGGAGUGUUUCACUAGCUACUCUUUAGCCACAACUGCACCGCUGUAGUGCUUUCUAUUUCCCAUUUUGGCACGAGCGAAAUGUCUGGACUUUCUGACGACCAGCUCGCUGAGCAUCGCGAUGCAUUCUCGCUGUUUGACAAGAAAGGUGAUGGCAAGAUUGACCUGAACCAGCUUGGCGAUGUCCUGCGCGCUCUCGGUCAGAAUCCGAAGACCUCCGAGGUAAAGAAGAUGGCCCAGGAUGUCGACCCACGAGGUGCAAAACGGCUAGGAUUCGAGGAGUUUCUUCCCAUUCUGAAUAGCGUGAGGAAGAAGAGCGCCCAGGGAACACAGGAGGAGUUCAUUGAAGGCCUGAAGGUCUUUGACCGAGAUGGCAAUGGAACAGUUAGCUCUGUCGAGCUCCGACAUGUCCUCACCAGUCUAGGAGAGAAACUAACUGAUGAAGAGGUAGACCAACUACUUGUCGGUAUGGAGGACGCACAAGGUCAAGUUCAGUAUGAAGAGUUUGUAAAGACCAUCAUGGCUGGUUAGAGUGUCGAUGAGAGAAGAGACUGGUGAGAGGACGACGCCGGCCUUCGCCGCACACCAGAUAGCAGAUAUUAAGGAGCUCAACCUAAACCUGUAUACAGACAGACCCCAGACGCACGCAUCCAUACACAGAGCAUAACAUUAUCAUGCAAUAUCCUCCAUAUUGUAGCGCUACUACCCAGGAACAGCCCGCUGCCUACGAAUAGCACUCAUGCACAAGGUCCGCCGCCAGCCGUGGGCGGUACAUCAUUGUGCGUUUUGCUGCGGCCAUUGUGCCCAACUACAUAGUGCCAGACUGUUGUGUACCCUGUCCUCUGUACUCGUACCUCUGGCUGCUGCUGUUGCUGCUGCUGGUAGUGUGCAUAUUAUCCUUUGCUGCAUACGUACUAGAUAUUGGAUUCUUCAAAGUAGUUCUAAUUAUUUACUAGCUACAACGGUGCCAGCCUAUAACCGGUAUACAUGUACAUGAAUGUAUGAAAUCCUGCUAUAGCUCUGUGAUAGCUCUUCUGUUCCUUUCCACCUCUGUACUUGUAAAUACACAUCAAUCUGGAUAUUGCUUGUUCCAAGGA